CGGCAUCGCGUCCACACCGCCAGUCUGAGGGCGUACCGUCGUGCCACCGCGAGCACCGCGACGUCGCGACCCCCCGCCAGUGGAUUAUUGCCAGAGGAUUAUCUUGGAUUGGCCGGCCCAGCAGCCAGCCAGCCACCGCGCCACCGACGAGAGCAUGAGAGUGGCGGCCAGCGCCGCCAGAGCAGCAGCAUGAGGAAGGACAUCAAGAAGUCGUCGUACUACGUGUGGUUCCUCGGCGCCCAGGAGGCCAAGGGACUGCGCGGCCCCGAGUAUGUGCUCCCCGUGGUGCGCUCCCUGGUGGAGCGCGAGCGCGAGGUGGAGCCCUUCAAGGUCACCCUGCAGGUCAGCCACAAGGGCCUCAAGAUCGUGCAGAACGUCCCCGGCGCCGCGGCCGCGCCCGCCGGCAAGGCGUCCGCCAAGCCCGCCCUGAAGGCCGCCAAGGCGGAGACGGUCAAGCACCUGAUCCCGCACCACGCGGUGACGUGCGUGCUGCAGCAGGAGGACAUCGUGGCGUGCAUCCUGCUGCUGUACAACCCCGUCACCAAGUGCCCCGUGCACGUGCACGCGUACCGCUGCGACUCGGUGGAGACGGCGCAGAUCCUGUGCGGCCAGCUGCAGACGCUGAUCGAGCGGCCGGACAACCAGAAGAAGCUGUCGGAGAUCGAGUCCCGGCUGCGCGCCAAGGGACUGCUGCUGCCCGCCGCGCUGCCGCCCGGCCCGGCGUCGCGCAGGCACGGCGGCGGCUCGGACGGCCGCUCCACCAGCACCAGGGAGUCCGAGUCCUCGGCGGGCUCCUCGUCCGAGCGGCUCAGCGGGCUGCGCGAGGAGCGCGUCACCAACCUGUACGACUCGCUGGCCGCCGAGCUCCGCGAGAAGCUGGGCGCCGACCAGGACACCGGGCACGCGCCCAUCCUGCUGCCGCCGCGCGACUACGACACCGUGCACCGCCAGAAGGGCAACCUGGCCAGCGUGGACCGGCGCCGCUGCCUCAGCGCGGCCGUGGUCGGCGUCAACGCCAGGAACGUGAAGAACGCCCUGGAGGAGCAGCGCGGCGGCGCCCUGGUGGGGUCCUCCGGGGGGUCCUCCGGCAUCGGGUCGGACCACGCGCCGUCCCCGGACAACGAAUCGGACCCGCGCUACCUGGACAACGCGUCUUCAUCAGACGAGGAGUGGAACGAGCCUUCCGAGGACUCGCUGUUCCUGGUGCAGCCGGGGCUGUCGGGGCUCGGCGGCCGCGGCACACGCGCCGCGAGACGAGGAUGA